AUGGGUUUCCAAUUUGAGGUGGUUUAUAAGCCUAGACCAAAAAACAACGUUGUUGAUGCCCUAUCUCGACAACAACCAACUCAUGUUCUCAAUGCUAUCUCCAUAAGUCCUUACUGGAUGGAUUUUCCAACAAUCGGGGAGGAAGUUCAAAAAGAUCCUGAUAUGGUUCAUUUGAAGGAAAAUUUGCAGAGUAACCCUGCAUCCGUACCUCACUAUGCUCUUUGUGAUGGCCUUUUGUUCUUCAAAGGGCGCUUGGUGUUACCCAAGACUUCUUCUUUGAUCCCCAAUUUAUUGGCCGAGUUCCAUGACUCAAUGACAAGGGACAUUCUGGGUUUACUAAGACAUAUAUGA